AGUAAAAAAUAAUUGUUAAAUUAUGUCGUGGAUGAAAAGAAGAACCCCAACGGCAACACCAAGCCCAGGUCUUCAAACUACACCGCCACCGGUGCAAAUGUACAAUCCUAAUCAACAUUCCAACUCGGAUUGGCAGCAAUCACCAGCAAACAACUGGUAUAAUCAACCUUCUGUGCAAUCUGUGCCAACAAUGCCUACAGUGAAUGAGCAAAACUCUCAAGUCCUACAACCAAACACCUACUGGCAACAGCAGCAACAUCAACAAUAUCCUACUCAACAACCCCCACCACAACAGCAACAAUAUCAGUAUGGAAACACCCAACAAUCACAGAAUAACUACUACCAGCAACAGGUUCCACCACAACAACCAAAUCAACUUCCACCACAACAAACUCAGCAGAGUUAUGAGUACAACAACAUGCAAUACCAACAACAACAACAACAACAACAUGGAUAUCAGAAUUAUGUACAACCAGCAGUAUCAUCACAUGCUCAGUAUGAUCAAUCAGCUCAGCAGCAGCAGCAGCAACAACAACAACAACAACCACCACCACAACAAAUACAACAAAACGAUGGCUGGAAUAAAUCUUGGGGCUGGGGGGAUGAAGAUAAUUCGAAUGUUAAUAAUGUUCACAAUGCGAACACUGUUGGGAAUCCGAUUGGUAAUGUUGCGAAUGUUACAAACGCCGUCGCAGAUGGAUUUAAUGACGAAUCCUGGAAUUGGAACGUCGACGAGAAUUCAAUUGCUAAUUCAGCAUCCGCUCUCAGGUCGGAAACUAAUAAGGAAAGACACGAUUCUGGCAAUUCCGAGCAACAAAUUAGAGAACUCUUUCCGAAAAUGAGUAGUAGCAGUAGUAAAGUUGUACCUAAGUCAGAAAACCUUGAAACUGUCCCAUUGUUACCAUCCCUGCCUAUUAACAAAAGGAUUAAAUCGGAAGUGUUUUCACCGCAGUGGUCGAUCGAGUCCCAAGUCAGUCAGGAAUCAUCUGAUGAUAUUCUACAGACCUCCGAAAGCGAUAAAUUAUUCUCGAGAAGUUCGACAAUCAGUCAUUCGCCAGUUUCUGGUCAUCACACACCUCAGGAACCAGUGGUUGAGGAAAGUUGUGAGAAUAAAGAGAUUGUGAGUAAUGUCAAGGAAGACGAUAGCAAACCUUUACAUUUACCUCCAAGCUUACCACCAGUAGGCGCCGCGAGUGGUUCAGGAGGUGAAAAUCCUUAUAAGCGAAGUGGAGCAAAACCACAAGGUGAUAUGAGGAAUUUUUAUAUGAAUCAAUCUGUCAACUUGGAAACGGUACCGGAUAAUUCCGAAGCUCCUGAUUUACAUCUACAACAACAACAACAACAACAACCUGAAGUAAAAUCAUCGCCAUCAAUUGGUGUUGAAAAUAACGAAGUAGCUCCGCUGAAUGAACGCAAUCAAUACUUGGAAACUGGUCAACUGUCAGAUGAAAACGAUGCGUUACCUCCACCAGGAUUAAGUCGCAUGGUGUUGGGCCAGUUGGGACAAGGUGAAGUCAAUGAACCACCUGUGGGUUUAAGUAGAAUGGUGCUGGGACAAACCGAAGGUGCUCAAUCAACUGCCAGUCCACCGGUUGGUCUCCACCGAAUGGUCCCUGGUGAAUCCUCAUCGCCUGAAGUGCGAUACGAUGAAGAGGAAGCGUCCGAUCCGGAAUUACUACAAAUGGGUCGAAAUCCUCUUCAGUCGAGAUCCGCCACGAUUGGUGCUGAUACUCCACCUGCGCCGCCAACAAACGGAGCGGAACAAGUCGAGCGCGAAAUGAAUUUAGACGGGGCUAAUACUCAGGACAGCACUGGAACGAACGUUGAUACUCUGACGAGUUCAAUUCGUGAUUUGACUGUCGGGGAGAACACUAGUGAUGGUAGACAGGCGAGUGAGAGCGAUGUGGAUCGUGCGACAUCUCCAGUAGAUCGAAGAAGAAAAGAGGAAGGUAGCAGGAGGGAUACUCGGUAUUCACCUGCGCGUGACGGGCGCGAUUCACGAGAUGUCCGGGAGAAAUCACGAACAGAUCGCAGGAAGAAUCGCGAUCGCGGCUUCGACGACGACACGGAUUACUUUAGCGACAAAGAAAGGGAUCGAAAACGUGAUAGGGAAGAUCCGGAUAAAAAGUACAGCAGUUUAAGAAGAGGCGAAAGAGAUUCAGAUCGUCGUAGACGCAAUCCACGCGAUGAUCGAGAGCGUGGCAAUGACAGAAGAUCCGAAUACUCCAGACGUGACAGGGAUUACUACUACAAUCGUUAUAAUGAUGAGUAUGAUGAUUCGCAUCGCUCGUCUCGGCCAUCAAGCCGUUCUGAUUCCAUGCACGAUUCUUACUAUCGAAAUUCACGAACGAAUGAUCGACGACGUGAACACGGCGAUAGGGAUCCACAUCGUCACAGAGAUAGGGAUCAUAGAGGAGACAGGGAUCCUUAUAAUAUGUAUAAAAUGCAUGGUUAUCCGUAUGAUGCAUACAAUCCGUACUAUCAACAAUAUCAAUACUAUUUGGAGAAUUUACGGCGUACGGAUCCAGCAGCAUACGCCGAGUACUAUCGCAAGUACUAUAGUCAAGUAGGCGCUGCCAGUUCGACGUACACACAGGAAGAAAAGACGUCGGUUCAUUCUGGUCGCAGUAGUACCAAUGAUGAUCUUGCCAAAGAGCGGUAUUUGCGGCAAAACUAUUAUGGACACGCUAGCUAUACGCAAAUGGGCGGAUAUUAUCGUGAGCCGCAGAGCGUUUCAUCUGCACAGUACGGACUCGACGAAUCCAGACCCUACGACUAUACCGAUAGCUCGCUUCUGCUGGAGGACAGCACAGUUUCACAGCGUCUUACACCAGCGAAAUUCUCCACCGCGCAUAUUAAGUCAUCAAUCACAUCCGGACGACUUGUGAAGAUUCUGCCGCACUAUCCCAUGGACGGACAGUCGGCUGUGGUCGAACUUGAAAGGCUGCAGGACCUUUUACAAAAUGACGAUGAACUAAUUGAGCUGGAACAAUUUCCUGGGCCACUUGCACGUGGUGUCACUCACAAAAAGACAAUAAUUGAAUAUUGCAACAAUAAAAUUCGCGGCAUUCAGGACGGAGUUAAUGGUGCGCUGAAGGAAGUAGAUGAUCCCGAUUCGUAUAUCCUAAUGUGGGAGUUGUUGAUUUUAUUGAUUCGUCAGAAUGGGAUGGUGGUUGGUGCUGACAUUGCUGAACUUUUGAUGAAAGACCGUAAUACAGAGUCAAUUCUGCCUCGUCCGGCAUCUGUUGCUUCCAACAGCAGUGGUGUCGUUGAAGUGUCAGAAGGAAGCACUGAACCUGCAUCUUCCCAACUGAAAGAAGAGUAUGUUACGCGAAAAUUCCGCGAGUAUCUUUUGUACGGGUCGGUGCAGCAGGCACUUGAAUGGGCGAUGAAACAUAGUCUUUGGGGCCAUGCGCUUUUCCUCGCCAGCAAACUGGACAAGCGGACGUAUGCAAAAGUGAUGACACGUUUUGCCAAUGGUCUGCCGAUGAACGAUCCCUUACAGACGCUGUAUCAAUUGCUCUCUGGCCAUUUACCAGCUGCAGUAACAUCCGUUAGUGAUGAAAAAUGGGGUGAUUGGCGUCCGCAUCUAGCAAUGAUCCUAUCCAACACAAUGCAACGUCCUGAAUUGGAUCGUAAGGCGAUUACAACCCUCGGGGAUACCUUAAUGGGUCGCGGCAGUUUGUACGCUGCUCAGUUUUGUUAUCUUAUGGCCGAGGUUGGCUUCACGCGUUACGGACAGGACGGAAAGUUGGUACUGCUGGGUGGCAAUCAGAGCAAACCCUUUAUGCAAUUUGCUCAUAACGAGGCAAUCCAUAUGACUGAAAUCUAUGAGUAUGCAUGCAGUUUAAAUGAUGCCGCAUUUAAAAUACCAGAGUUUCAGGCCUAUAAAUACUUGUUGGCAACACGUUUAGCGGACCGUGGCUUUUUGGAAACAUCUCUAGCGUACAUUGAACAAGUUUCCAUCGCGCUAGUUGCAAAUCCAACUGUUGCGCAGCCAUCGCUGAUUAACAAAGUGUGCGACUUAGCCGACAAGCUCAAGUAUUACGAUCCUACAGAUUAUCAGGAUGUGGAUGAUCCGCAACUACAAGCAGGCGAUGAACGGCCGGAUCAAUCUUGGUUGCAGGAACUUAAAGGUGUUCAACAACAAUAUGCUAUGGGUUUAAUAAGUCACGAAAGCGUUAAUAAUUUAACCGUAAUGACACCCGAUACCACCGCGUUACCAACACAGCAGAGUUAUGAUCAAUCUCCACAAGAUCCGUGGUCAAAUCAGCCACAAACUCAAUAUGUGGAUAAUCAGACGAACAAUUGGCAACAGCAGUCGACAGAGAAUGAUUAUAACCAACAACAUGGUAUACAACAACAACAACUACAACAGGAAACUAAUGUCGAUAGCUAUAAUGCAUAUCCGGAACAAACUUGGAACACUCAACCACAACAACAACAACAGUGGAGUCCUGAUACUCAACAGUCCCCUUUGGAGGUACAACAAAGUCAAAGUGAUCAAACUUCGCCGCAAGCAAACGACUACUGGAAUAAUGCUCAAAUUGAGCCGGCCGAGGCGAAAAAAGAACCAGAUCAGCCGCGGCCGCAGAUUUCGAUGCCUAAUCAAGGCCGUCAGCAAAGGACAUCGAUGAGCGAAAAUGUUGGUCCGGAGAUGAAGAAACCGCCGAAAGAAGUCGAAAAGAAACCGACCAAUGCGUCUUCGACCGGGUGGUUUGGUGGCAUUUGGAGUAAAUUAGCGUUACGACCGAAAAAUCAAAUGAAGUUGCCGGAUGAUAAAAAUCCAACUAUUGUAUGGGACCAAGAAAAGAAACGUUGGAUGAAUUUAGAUGAAGAUAAUGCAGAUGGUGCGGCCGAGUUGAAGCCGCCACCCAAGAUGGCGGACAUGAGGCAGGCUCAACAACCGCCUGGUAUGCCACAAAUGCAGCAAAUGUCACAAAUGCCGCAACAACAGCAGCAGCAUCAACAGCCGCAAUCUCUGCCAAAUUUAAACCAGUUUGGCGGGAUGGCGACUCCUAGUCAGCCACAGAGUUUGGACUCACAUCCACAGAGCGAUGCUAAACCCCCAUUGCCAUCGCAGAAUAUGUUUAAGAUGCAACGGGGACGAAAUUUGAAGAAAUCUUAUGUAGAUGUAUUCAAUCCAAGUGGUAAGCCACCUUCAGCGGGUUCAAGUUCAGAUUUCAACGCUCCGGCAAUGCCGGCCGCUAACGCUGCACCGAUGAACUUCUUUGUUCCUGCUCCGAUGGAUCCUAACGCACCUGUGGACUUCUUGACACCGUCGGGCAUGACUCAACAAGAACCACACAUGCAGAUGUCUAGAUGGAGUUCGACUAGUUCACUCUCCAGAGAAGUACAGUCGUACAUGCGACCCAAGCAGGUCGUGCGGUGAUCUCUCGCUUUAUUUUUUCCACUCUUUUGGCUUUUUUCGCAUCAAUCGUGAUAAUAUAUUAUUUAGAUGGAAUUAAUCAUCAUGCAUCAUCACUACGAGAUAAGAGAUGAACGGGUGAACAUUGCGGUUAUAAUGAGCAUUUUAGCUUAUUUUAUAGGUAGAUAGGUAGUAAUUAAAUUUGGAAUUUUAAAUAUGCGAUAUAUGUCGCCGGUAUCUGUUAAGAUUUGUAAGUAAAUGUGGGAGGCGGAGUGAAGACAAAUAUUAUUGCGUAUUUUUCAUUGAAUUGCCAGCAGAUUAUGAUAUUAUAUCAUCUUGUAUAUACGAAUGUAAUGGUUAUAAGUCAUAAAAUACAACUAAUAAAUUA